AUUAUGAUAUCCAGAAGAAUCUCAAAAACUACUACAGCAUGCAGAAGCGUGGAGAAGAGUACAGGCAAGGAGAAAACCUAUCAGUGCUCAGACUGUGGGAAGAGCUUUACUCAACUGAGUAAUUGGAAAAACCACCAGCGCAUUCACACUGGAGAGAAACCGUAUCAGUGUUUAGAGUGUGGGAAGAGUUUUAAUCAACAGAGUAAUCUGAAAAAACACCAGCACAUUCACACUGGAGUAAAACCAUAUCAAUGCUCAGACUGUGGCAAGAGUUUUAUUGGAAAGAGUGGUCUCGAAGAACACCAGCGUAUUCACACAGGAGAGAAACCGUAUCACUGCUCAGACUGUGGGAAGAGUUUUGCUCAUCAGUCUACUCUCAAACAACACCGGCGAGUUCAUAGUGGAGAGAAACCGUAUUACUGCUCAGACUGUGGGAAGAGUUUUACUCAAUGGAGUCAUCUCAAAAGACACCAAAGUAUUCACACUGGGGUAAAACCGUUUCACUGCUCAGAGUGUGGCAAGAGCUUUAUUGAACAGAGAGAACUUAUAAAACACCAGCUCGUUCACACUGGAGAGAAACCGUAUCACUGCACACUCUGUGGAAGGAGUUUUACUAAACAGGGUACACUCCGAAGACACCAGCGUAUUCACACUGGAGUAAAUCUAUGUUACUGCUCAGACUGUGGGAAGAGUUUUACUGAAUGGAGUCAACUUCAAAAACACCAAAUCAUUCACACUGGAGAGAAACCGUAUCACUGCAUAGAGUGUAGCAAGAGCUUUAAUCGAGAGAGUACUCUAAGAAAACACCAGCACAUUCAUAGUAGAGUAAAACCGUUUCACUAUUCAGACUGUGGGAAAAGCUUUACUGAAUGGAGUCAACUUCAAAAACACCAACGCAUUCACACUGGAGUAAAACCGUAUCACUGCGCAGAGUGUGGGAAGAGUUUUGCUCAACAGAGUAAUCUCAAAAGACACCAGCGUAUUCACACUGGAGUAAAUCUAUAUUACUGCUCAGACUGUGGGAAGAGUUUUACUGGGCAGAGUCAACUCCAAAAACACCAAAUCAUUCACACUGGAGAGAAACCGUAUCACUGCCUAGAGUGUAGCAAGAGCUUUAAUCGAGAGAGUACUCUAAAAAAACAUCAGCACAUUCAUAGUAGAGUAAAACCAUAUCACUGCCUAGAAUGUAGCAAGAGCUUUAAUCGAGAGAGUACUCUAAGAAAACAUCAGCGCAUUCACAGUAGAGUAAAACCAUCUCACUGCUCAGACCGUGAGAAGAAUUUUACUCAAGAGAGUCAUCUAAUAAAACACCAGCACAUUCACACUGAAGAAAAAUCGUAUUACUGCUCAGAGUGUGGGAGGAAUUUUAUUAAACAUAGGCAACUCCAAAAACACAGAUGUAUUCACACCGGAGAGAAACCAAAGGAGCAACAAUAAGAGAAAUGAAUGCCAUCCUGUUCCAAGUCAUGUCCAGCUAGGAAGGUAGGAAUUAUGACAUCCAGAAGAAUCUCCAAAACUUCUACAGCAUGCAGAAGCGUGGAGAAGAGUACAGGCAAGGAGAAAACCCAUCACUGCUCAGACUGUGGGAAGAGUU